AUGUCUAGUUUUGAUAUUACAAUUAUUAUUCACGGCGACAAAGAAAGACAAUUACCUAAACCCUUUAAUAAUCGUCCUGGAUAUGACAUGAAAUAUGUUAUGGCGAUUAUUAAUAAAUAUGAUUAUUAUAAUAACUUAUUAAGCGGGAAUAAACUUGGUAUGUAUCAUAGAUAUUGCUUAUUCGCUUCUUAUCCUGGAGGUAGACUUGAAGAUUAUAAUAAUUACAAAAAUUACUAUAGACCAAAACCAUUUAAGAAUGGAACUGCGAUCUGUUUUGGAUGUUGGAAAAUAUUUCGUGUUAAUGUUAACAUUAAACCUAAAAAAAUAUUCAAUCGUCGACGAUAUAUAGAAAUUAUAGAAGCUAAAGAUCUGAUGUUAGAUCAUUGGGAUCACGAAUGCGCUAAACCUAAAACUGAUUUUGGAUGUGCAAGGAUCAUACAAAGGGCUUGGAGAAAUUUUAAGAAGAGACCUGAAUCAUUGGCCGCUAAAGUCUGGAAUUCCGUAAAAGCAGAUAUUAUUCCCGACAAAAAUAAAUACUUAGGUAUAACUACUCGCAAAGUGAAAAACCUUCAAACUCGAGAUCAAUUUAAUCUAUGGCGUAAUAAUAUUCUUGCAGAGUAUGAAAAAGAAAAAAACUUUAAUAUGUUCUUCCUCUAUUAUAGACUAGAAUAUGAAGAAUAUUCUAUUCCGGAUGAUUGGAUAAGUUUCAAGAAACAUCAAUUACGACAGAGAUUGAGAAAUCAUGUUGACAAGCUGUUCAUAGAACGAGGUUAUAAAAUUGUCUGGGGAAGUUGGGAUACGUUGCUGAAAUGUAGAUGA